AUGGCGGAGCGAACGGCGGCCAGCGGCAGUCGGCACCGGCCGCUCGAACGCCCUCCGGUCCGUAAAUACAGCCUCCCGCCGCACGGAGACAGAGUUUCAAUAGAUUCGUGGUCAAGAGACGAUAACAUAUUCGAGUCUAGAAGUACUACGAAUGACAUAAUAGACGAAGAUGGACAAUCUUUUGAAAAUGCUGACACAACAUUGAGAAACAUCCCACAGUCUGUACACGCCCAAUGCACAUGUAACUCUAGGCGAGACAACAGAAUUCAUUCAAUAUUUUAUGAUACCCAAAGUAAGAAACGUUCAGCACCAGCUCCUGACGUAACCGAACGUGGACAAAAUGGCCGAGGGCCUACUUGCGUUGUUUGCAAGGCUUCGCAGUGGGUCCCCACCGGUACAACUUCAACGACCAGCCAUAGUUCGACAGCAACAGCAAACUCCUCACGGUUUUCAAUCUGGCAUCGCCGUUGGUGCUGUGUGGCCAUUUUGGUAUUAGUUGCGGGUACCGCUUGCGUGGCUGGACCGUUAGCUCUGCGUGCACCACCCGGAGCACCCCUACAUGAGCGACUCCGCCUCGCCGAGAGACUCUUGCAUGACACUCCGCUUAUAGAUGGUCACAACGACUUGCCUUGGAACAUUCGAAAAUUUUUGCACAACCGAAUCAAAGACUUCAGGUUUGACGAAGACUUAAGAACAAUAUCCCCUUGGGCAACUAGUUCGUGGAGUCACACUGAUCUGCCUCGACUUAAGCAAGGCAGAGUUGCUGCUCAGUUCUGGGCGGCGUACGUUCCCUGCGACGCGCAGCACCGCGAUGCCGUUCAGCUAACUUUCGAGCAAAUAGACCUAAUCCAGAGGCUCACCGACAAAUAUCACCCGCAGCUCACGCUCUGUACCUCCGCUGAUGACAUAUUGACCGCGCACACAAACCAUCGUCUGUGUUCGCUGGUAGGGGUCGAAGGUGGUCAUGCAAUAGGAGGAUCACUCGGUGUCUUGAGGACCCUAUAUCAAGUUGGCGUGCGUUAUCUGACUCUAACGUCUACAUGCGACACUCCUUGGGCAGAAUGUGCGUCAACUGACCGGAUUGAUUCCUCUCAACGCGGUGGACUGACACCUUUUGGCAAAGUAAGUAAUAAAACG